AUGUCAGGACAUGUCAACAUGAUGGACGAUGUCCUCAUUUCCCAGCUCCCUGUAUCUAUUCUCAGAUCUUCCCUGAGGGUACUUGUUUCACAGUGGCCCGGUGCUAGGCAAACCUUUGUCGACCACGUCCGUGGUCGCCUGAAUGGUUCUCCGCCGCCUUUCACUCCGCCAAAGGACUUGUUUGCUGGAAGUACCUCACUGGUGCGUUGCGCAGAGUACAUGGCGUCUACACGCUGCCUCUUCUCCAGCAACCUCGCCAGCAACUCGUUACCAUAUUUGGCCCACCUCAUCAAUGGGAUCGUAGAAACUAAUGCCCGAUGGCAACCCAACAGCGGGCUAGAGGGGCUUCUUGAGAAAGCUUGUGGUGACAUAGUACAAGCUAUUCAGGCACUCAAGGAAUCGUUACUUGCUAGCAUCGACUCAGGGGCGAGGAAGCAGGAGCUUCAGACUAACUUGACCCACCUUUCGGAUGCUCUUUGGGGAUGCGAACACUACUGCGUAUCUAACGGUCUCUCCUAUCCCUUCACUCGGGCGCAACUCCAGGUGGACGACUUUAUUGCCUUGGCUUUCCCAGAGGGACAAGUGAGGUCGGAUAGUACCUCGAGCCCCUCGAUGACGACUACGGAGCCGAUAGACGUCGCUAUCGACCCGAUUAUUGCCGGGUCUCUAGAACACAUUCAGCUAGGUUCACUCACGAUACCGAGGUUGCUCAAUGGGCUGUGGCAAAUGUCGUCUCCGGCGUGGGGAUGUGCAUCGAGCAUCAAGCAAAUCGCUGCACUGUCCCAACUGAUACAAGCAGGUUUGGUCGUGACCGAUAUGGCUGACCACUACGGAGACGCUGAGUUGAUUUACGGGGGAUUCAGAAAUCGACUGAAACCCGAAGUGCGCGAGCGCGCGCUGGCGGCCUCCAAGUGGUGUGUCUUCCGAUCCCUAAAGGAGCCCGUGACUCAGGAACUAGUCUUCAAUGCGGUUCAAGAGCGGGCUCGUAGGCUCAAAGGGAGAAUCGAUAUUUUGCAAUUCCACUGGAAUAAUUACGAAGACAAGAACUACCUUCCUGUACUGGCCGAACUCGUGAAGCUCACCAAAUCACAUGCUUAUUUGGUCUCUCACAUUGGGCUGUGUAAUUUUGACGCCGAACACACGGAUGAAGUGUGUCGCUAUCUUCUAGAAAAGGUGGGGGAAGUAGGGAUCAUUUCAAAUCAAGUUCAAUUUUCGCUAAUUGACAGCCGACCCUUGUUUAAAAUGAUUGGAGUUUGUGAAAUGUAUGGUAUCAAGCUACUAACGUAUGGGACCUUUUGUGGCGGUUUCCUUUCGGACAAAUGGCUCGGAGUUAAGUCUCCGGAAAUCUAUUGUGAAGCCGUUGGGUUGACUCCCUCUCAGCGGAAGUACUACGAUGUUAUAUCGACUUGGGGUUCCUGGUCAGAUCUACAGGCUCUUCUCUAUACACUCAAGAUUAUCGCAGAUAAGCACAGAGUCGACGUAUCCAAUGUCGCUGCACGAUGGGUUCUUGACUGUCCUGCAGUCGGGGCUGUGAUUGUCGGAACUCGGCUGGGUGUUUCGAGUAAUGUCCGGUCAAAUCUGCAAGUGUUCUCCUUCCAGUUGGACGAGGAGGACAAGAAAAAGUUGGAAGCUGUGGCUCUGGGUAAUCGCGCGAGAAACUUGUAUGAAAGAAUAGGGGACUGCGGGACAGAAUAUCGAUGA